AUGUCUGAGUCCAAUACAACCAACUUCACCAACCCCUCCACCUUCAUCCUGCUGGGCAUUCCUGGCCUGGAGGCUGCCUAUGUCUGGAUCUCUAUCCCCUUCUGCACCAUGUACAUCAUAGCCAUCUUGGGGAACUUUACCAUCCUGUUCAUUGUGAAGAGGGAGUCGAGCCUCCAUGUCCCCAUGUACUAUUUCCUCUGCAUGCUGGCUGUCACUGACCUGUGUCUGUCCACAUCCAUCCUGCCCAAGACAUUGAGCAUCUUCUGGUUCAAUUCCAGGGAGAUCGAUUUCAGUGCCUGCCUCACUCAGAUGUACUUCCUUCACUGCUUCUCAGUGAUGGGGUCUGGGAUCUUCGUGGCCAUGGCUUUUGAUCGCUAUGUGGCCAUCUGCCAUCCCCUGAGACAUUCCACCAUCCUGACAAACCCUGUGGUCGCCAAGAUGGGCCUGGCUGUCAUGCUGUGCAGUGGCAUGCUCGUAAUGCCCCAUCCUGUCCUGGCCAGGAGGUGGCCAUAUUGCAGAACCAACAUCAUCCCCCACACGCACUGUGAGCAUAUGGCCGUGGUGAAGCUGGCUUGUGCUGACAUCAGCGUGAGCAGUUACUAUGGCCUCUUCAUGGUAUUUUGUGGGCUCAGUCUGGAUGGGAUUUUUAUCACUGUGUCCUAUAUCCAGAUCCUCAGGGCCAUCUUCAGCCUCCCCACAAAGGACGCCCGGCUCAAGACUUUUGGGACCUGUGGCUCCCACCUCUGUGCCAUCUCAGCCUUUUAUAUCUCAGCUCUCUUCUCCUCCCUCACUUACCGAUUUGGGCAGAGUGUGCCCCUAUAUUUCCACGUUUUCAUGGCCAACAUGUACCGCCUGGUGCCCCCCAUGCUAAACCCCAUCAUCUACGGAGUGAGGACCAAACAGAUCCGAGACAGGCUGCUCCGGCUCUUUACUCAUAAAGGGAUGUAA